AUGGCAGUAAAAAAUAAAAUGCACAUAAAUGAAUUAAAUCCAUCCUUUUUUAAUGAAAAUUAUAAAAUUAAAAAAAAUGUCACUGAGGUUGAACUUAUGGAAACUAUUGAAAACUUAAGUGAUGGUUCAACGUCAAAUAAUGAAUCAUAUGAUGACAAUAGUAAUAAAAAAAUCACUGAAAAGACAAAUGAAAAAUUAAAGAAAAUUAAUAAUAAAAAUAAAUCAGAUGAAAAUAAAGAAAGAAAAAAAUAUUAUUCAAAUAUUCCACAAAUAUAUGAAACAUAUGAAACAAGUAUAAAAGAUGAAUAUCAAAUGGCAAAUAAUAAUGAAAAUCAAGAAUCAAGUAUUAUAUCAAAUAUUAUAGCUACAUUAUAUAUAAUAAUAGCAGUAGUAAUAAUAUUACACAUGCACUUAAAUGAAGAUCAUAUAAUAAUAAAAACAAUUAGCACUUUAAAAUUAAAAUAUGUUCAUUUAAUAAAAAGUGUCCCCAUAUUUGCAAAUUUAAUGAACACAGUGACGAUAACGAAUACAAAAAUCGAUAUAUUUUUAGAUUUGUUGAAAGAAAAAUCUACCAUAACAAAACCAUAUAUAGAAUCAUUAAAGGAGUUAAAUACAGAAUUUUCAGUUUUAUUUAUUGUUUUAAUUCUUUUAUUUUUCACAGCAACAUUUAUAUUACAUAUAAUGCAUAGUAUUAUGACUAUGAAAAUGGCAAAAGACAAUUUAGAAAAAAAUUCCAUAAUAUAUGUUGCAAACAGAAUGACAAUGGAAGAAUAUGAGGAUAAGACCUUUACUUAUAGUGAGUUAGCUAAAUUGCAUGAUGAUAAAGAUUAUAUAAGUUUAAAAAAGAAAAGAGCUGGAGAAGGUAUUGAAUCAUGGAAUUGGCAAAUAAGAAAACUUAACAAAAAUAUUGAUAAAGAUAUUUGUAGUGAUAUUGAAAUUUCAAGUGACGAAGAAAAUUAA